AUGGCCGAUCAAAUCCAACACCGUCCCCACGCGGAGGCGACGGCGCCAGACCAGCCGGGCCUCGAAGCGGCACCGAGCCGGUACUCCACCGCGCCGAUCCCGUAUGACCCCUCCGAGUUCCAGAGCCCGUUGGAAAAGUCGACGUGGACGACAAUCACGCAGGCCCAUCACCCGGCGUAUGCUUCCGCCGCGGCGGCAGACGCGCCGCCGCCAGAGAGACGGCGCGUUCUCGGACUGACGGUGCCUGUCUUCUGGAGCCUGGUGAUUGCGCUGGUGGUUGUUCUUGCGGGGGGUAUCGCCGGCGGUGUGGCGGGGGGUUUGGCGGCGCAAAAGGCCAACAGUUCGGCGGUGUCAGUAGACCCGUCUUCAACGGCCUCAGCAACAGCAGGCUCGCAAUCGGCGCCUACAACCUCAAGCGCAAGCUCAGGCACAGAGUCCCAACCUUCCAGCUCGACAGCCACCUCAUCCACCACGCGCUCAAUCCCGACGGGCAUCCGCUCCGCGCCAACGGACGGAGGCUGCCCGAGUAUCAACACGACGACCUACACGCCCACCGACGCCGGCGGCAACGCGAUGAAGAUCGGUUCUGGGUACUCGACGCAGACCUUCCGCCAGCUCUGCGAGGUGAAUUACCCCUCGGGCGCGGCGUACGGAAAUCCGGCUCUGUACGAUAUCCUCAAGGUGUACGUCUCGACGUUUGAGGAGUGUAUGGCGCUGUGUGCGGCGCAUAACCAGGCGUAUGGGAGUAAUCUCGCCAGCGGGGAUGUCAAGGCGGGAGGUUAUUGUCGGUCUGUUGCUAUGAUUAAGUUGCCGGGGGAGUAUUGUUACCUGAAGAAUGGUACUGGUAAGAUGGACACGCAGGGGCACGCCAAGGAUUUUAUUAGUGGUGUUGUUAUUUCUGGGCUGCCGGAUGCGUAG